AUGGCCCGAUCGCCCCGUCGGGCGGAGAGACGAAACCGUGAGAGAAAGACGAAACCUGUGGGGCGAUCCGAAGCGCGUCCGGACAUUUGCGGACGAGAUUGGGCGCCGGACCGAUCCCAGAGAUUGCAUGUGGUGAAGCGAUGGGCGAAAGACUACGUGGCAGAAUUCCGUCUCGUCAAAAUGCCAGAGGCCACGAAGACCUUGCACAACGGCACAGUUUACAUGUUCCAGGAACGGGAGAAGGGCCGCCUUCAGAAACUGGUGAAGGACUUUGCCAAGGAGGUGGUCAGCGGCAUCCCAGUAAACCUUGUGAACCCGGCGACGGCCCACCCGUCGCCCCAUUUUUUCCAGAUGGACCGGCACCUCACGGUCUUCUCGUUGAAGCCAAAGGAUGGCUCAACGGCUGAGGCGGCUGUGCAGGACUACAGCGUGAAAGAGCUCACAAAGAUCUACAAGGGGCCCGAGGUUUUGAUGAACGCCCCCAAUCUGGGUGUUUUGGCUCAACACUGUGUGGCCUUCGAUACCACCCGGGUGCAGGCCUUGUGGGCAUCCUCAAUAGCUCUGGUCUACGAUUUGCUCACCCUUUCAUGCCAGGUCAAACUUCUUCAUGACCAGAAGCUUUCAGCUUCAGAAGCUUUAGGUGACCCAAACAUCUCGAUAGCACGAGCCAUGGACGCUGUGGGUCCACCUCUACGGUCUCUGCCUCAGUCCACCGCGCUCCUCGGCCAACGGCGACAAUGGCACAGCAACGCGCACAGCGGUCGUUGCACCGCGCUCGACCCGCGCAUCUGCCUGGUGGCCGUGGCCGGGUGUGCGGCAGUGUGCCGCGCGCCGCAGCAUUCUGCGCGGCGCGCGGUGUCAGCGCUGGUGGUGGGUGGCACAGGCCGUGUGGGUGGCUCCACCGCGCGGUGGCUCCAGCGACUGGCGGAGGAGACGAAGCUCGAGCUAGAGGUGGCCGUGGGCGGCCGAAACAAGGAGACUUGGCACAGGCGGCCCAGUGGAGCUUCGUGGAGGUGGACCACCGGGACGCUGGGACGGACCCGGAGCGGUGGAGGUGUUGUGGUGGACAUGUUGCUUUCGGGUGAACAGUUGCGGCGAUCCGAAGCUGUCUCUGUGAUUUGUGCUGAACUUCGAGACCGAAAGUCGGUGAAGGAAGCAAUGGCACUGCAACAGUGGGAUGUGGUCGUCCAUACUGCAGGGCCCUUCCAGGGCGUGACAGAGCCAAACAUUCUGAAGGAAGCACUGGAACUGGGCGUGCCAUACGUGGAUGUGUGCGAUGACACGGAGCUCUGUAAAACGGCGAAGAGCUUGGCGAAGUCUUCGGUGCCUGCCAUCGUGUCGGCAGGCAUUUGGCCUGGUGUCUCCGCCCUGAUGGUGCGUGAGGCUUACGAACGCUUGGGAAGCAUUGAGGACUUGGAGAUGUCCUUCUACACUGCUGGCACUGGAGGUGCAGGGCCCACCAUUGUGUCUGCCACCUUCCUGCUCUUGGCGGAGCCACCUUUGAACUACCAGGCUGGCCAGGAGGUCCGGGCCGAGCCCUGGGGCCAGCGGCGCCUGGUGGUGGACUUUGGCCCAGGGGUAGGGCAGCAGCCAGUGCAUCUGUUGGAUGAACCUGAGGUGUACACCUGCCAUGAGUACUUGGGUAUCCCCAACAUCUCUUCGAGCUUUGGCACGGCUCCAGACAUCUGGAACUGGAUGUUCGCGGCCGCACGGGUGUUGCCAAGAUCUGUGUUGGCGAAUCGUGGGCUAAUGCAGCAGGUCUCGACCUUCUCAAUGCCCAUCAUCACGGCAGUGGAUCAGUUCGUGGGCUCCAUCAACGCCAUGCACAUCAAAGCCACCGGUCCCGCCGACGCCUCCGGGCGAAGAAGCGUCGCCACGCUGCGGGUGGCGCACCAGGACUUGGAGGAUUGUGUCGGUCUGGCCACUGCUGCCUUUGCCUUCGAGCUCUUGGAGAAGCGGGUUAAGCCUGGUGUCUGGUUCCCGGUCGAGAUGGACGCUGCAAGCCGCAGCAGUAUCUUUCGGAGGGUCCAGCAUGGUAGCAUCCUCUGGGACCUUUGA